AUGGAAUUCAAAGUAAAAUAUAAUAUUUAUAAAUUGUCUGUUAUCUAUAACCAAACAAUUAAAAAUCUAUCUGUCAUUUUCUUUCUAUCUAGUUUUAUGUUCGUUUAUUUGUUUCUCUCUAUCCACCUAUCACAUUCUAUUCAUUAUUCAUCUAUCUCAUCCUCUUCAUUAUCUAUCUAUCUAUCUAUCUAUCUAUCUCAUUCUAUUCAUUAUCUAUCCAUCUAUCUAUCUAUCUAUCCCAUUCAAUAUCCAUUCAUCUAUCUAUCCAUCCAUCUAUCUCAUUCUAUUCAUUAUCCAUCCAUCCAUCUAUCCAUCUAUCUAUCUAUCUCAUUCUAUUCAUUAUCUAUCUAUCUAUCUAUCUAUCUAUCUCAUUCUAUUCAUUAUCCAUCCAUCCAUCUAUCCAUCUUAUUCAUUCAUUCAUAUAUCCAUCCAUCCAUCCAUCCUCAUCAUUCUAUUCAUUAUCCAUCCAUCCAUCCAUCCAUCUCAUUCCAUUCAUUAUCCAUCCAUCCAUCCCAUUCUAUCCAUUAUCCAUCCAUCCAUCCAUCCCAUUCCAUUCAUUAUCCAUCCAUCCAUCCAUCUAUCCCAUUCUAUUCAUUAUCCAUCCAUCCAUCCAUCCAUCCCCAUUCAUUCAUUAUCUAUCUAUCUAUCUAUCUAUCUAUACAUCCAUCUAUCUCAUCUAUUCAUCUAUCCAUUCAUCUAUUCAUCUAUCUAUCUAUCUAUCUCAUUAUUCAUCUAUCUAUCUAUCUCAUUCUAUUCAUUAUCCAUCCAUCUAUCUCAUUCUAUUCAUUAUCUAUCUAUCUAUCUAUCUCAUUCUAUUCAUUAUCUAUCUAUCUAUCUAUCUCAUUCUAUUCAUUAUCUAUCUAUCUAUCUCAUUCUAUUCAUUAUCUAUCUAUCUAUCUAUCUCAUUCUAUUCAUUAUCUAUCUAUCUAUCUAUCUCAUUCUAUUCAUUAUCUAUCUAUCUAUCUCAUUCUAUUCAUUAUCUAUGUCUGUCUAUCUAAUUCUAUUGAUUAUCUAAUUCUGUUCAUUAUCUAUCUGUCUCAUUAUCUGUCUCACCCUGUUUAUUAUCUAUCUAUCUACCUGUCUGUUCGUUGGUUAAUUUAUUUAUUUGCUUCUAUCUAUCUAUCUAUCUAUCUAUCUAUCUAUCUAUCUAUCUAUCUCAAAUUUAUCUUUCUUUCUUUCUUUCUUUCUUUCUCUUUCUUUCUUUCUACUUUUCUGUUCCUUUCUUUCUUCUUUAUUUCUUUAGUCCAUCCGUGUCUAUCAUUCUAUAGACUAUAA